AUGAGAAGGUUUAUACAUGAUGUUAGCUUGUUACUACAUGUGGGUCUGGCUUGUUCUUACAUGUUUUUCCCCUCCUUCCUCUACCCCUUUUUUUGUCUGAUGAUUCUUUGUCAAGCAUGGAAUGAUUUACAAAAAAUUUACAACAUUUCUGGUUUUGAUCUGGUUCUGAUUCCAUUUUUAUGCGAAAUGGACUCCCAAAAAGUAAAAGAAAGAAAGAAACUUCACACAUACAAAUUUGCUGAAGGUGAAGGACACCUUUACGGAAGAUUUUAUUGUUUCCUUUCUAGGCAUAUAUGUAUGCAAUCUUAG